GCGAGGAUAAGCAAGCGAUUGAGUCCUGAGUAAAUACGGACUGGAUGGCGCCUCUAAUUGAAACAAGACAAGACUGAAAGAGCAAACGCCCAAACAAGAACGAGAGCGCCCCAAAUAAGAAUGAGAGAGCAAACCGGGAACCUCCCCCCGGAAGGAGGCCAACGAAAGACACUUCCGCCAUCUCUUAAGAUGGCGCCGGCGGAAGAGGCGGGUAACCGCUGGGUGGUGAUGGCAGCGUCGAGGCUGGAGCUGAACCUAGUGCGGCUGUUGUGCCGCUGUGAGGCGAUGGCAGCGGAGAAGCGGGACCCGGACGAGUGGCGUCUAGAAAAGUACGUGGGAGCCCUCGAGGACAUGCUGCAGGCCCUGAAGGCACAGGCGAGCAAACCGGCCUCCGAGGUGAUCAAUGAAUAUUCUCGCAAGGUAGAUUUUCUGAAGGGGAUGCUGCAGGCAGAGAAGCUAACCUCCUCCUCAGAGAAGGCACUAGCCAACCAGUUCCUGGCCCCUGGCCGAGUACCAACUACAGCCAGGGAACGGGUACCUGCCACGAAGACAGUACACCUACAGUCACGGGCACGGUACACCAGUGAGAUGCGGAGUGAGCUGCUAGGAACGGACUCUAGUGAAGAGCCUGAACUGGAUGUGAGGAAGAGAAUUGGGGUCGCAGGGCCCAGGCCAGGGGAUGAGAAGCAGUCAGCAGCCGAGCUAGACCUCGUCCUGCAGCGACACCAGAACCUCCAGGAGAAGCUGGCGGAGGAGAUGCUAGGCCUGGCACGGAGCCUCAAGACGCACACACUGGCUGCCCAGAGUGUCAUCAAGAAGGACAACCAGACCCUGUCGCACUCACUCAAGAUGGCCGACCAGAACCUGGAGAAGCUGAAGACAGAAUCUGAGCGGCUGGAGCAGCACACACAGAAGUCAGUCAACUGGCUGCUCUGGGCCAUGCUUAUCAUCGUCUGCUUCAUCUUCAUCGGCAUGAUCCUCUUCAUCCGUAUCAUGCCCAAACUCAAAUAAAGACCUGGCCUGGCCCGCC